AUGACGCCUUUAGAGCCAGCACAGCUCGAGAAGAGCGACGGUCUCAACUUGCCUAGGCCUUUCGAUCAAGACGACCGUCGUAUCAUUGCUCAAGAAGUUGACAAGGUGAUGAAUAAGAGAGCGCAGACUGGGAAGAAGUUGCUAGAAGCCACAGUGCGCCUGACCGAGUUAGAUGGCUCCGAUGCACAGCAGCAGCAACAGAAGUUGCUUCAAAUUUCGCAGCGCAUGAAGGCUCGUGAGCAGAAAUUCAAGCGCCGCCAGAACAAUAUCUUGUACGAAAGAGAAGAGCUUUACAAACUGGACCCUUCCAAUCUCAGAGCCGACGACGUCAACCUCAUGAAGGCCAUGGUUGCAAAGCUUAAUUGUCAAACUAAGACAUCGGCGCCAGAAAAGAAGUCGAAUGCACACCGAAAUGUCGACAAUGAGGCAUUCCACCCUGCUUCGAACCCCGAGAAUUCGUUCAGCGGCAAUGACAGCUACUGUACCUUCCAAGAUGAUAUGGAUGACCAGACCUCUCUUAACACCGUGGACAUUGUGUUCUAG